AUGACUUCAAGGCUCCCAAAGGUUGGUUUCGCUCUUGGUCAGACAGAUAUGGUAUUCAAUCGUACAAAGGCGAUUUGGUCUUUCAAAUGUUCGUUUCGGAAACAUUUACUGGAAUAUGUUUUGUCUUUGAUCGAAGAUGAUCAACGUCUCAUGAAAGCCGAGGUGGACAUUCUCAUGGCCAUGCAUCUGGUCACGAAAGCUUGGGUGUCUGUGCACCCACGCGUACUGAUCAACGCUUUCAUGAAAGCAGGAUUCAAAUCCACAUUGAUUCAGCCGGUGAUGCAGCCACCAGAGGAUAAAUGCGAUCUGAUCGAGGACUUUACACAGUAUGUGUCUAUUGAUGACCGUCUUUUUGAAGAAGAAAUCGCCUGUUAG